AGGCUGCUGCUAAGACCUGCGCUCGGCACUCGUCUAUCCGUACUGUCGCCUGGCAGCUGCCCCGGAAGUUGUCGCCGGGGCCGGUUCAGCUCCGGUAAAGUCUCCGCCGGACAGAGUCGGCUGGCGGGAGAGUAGCCCGGGGUGGAUGAGGCUCCGGGCGAGGGAGCUGCAGCAGCAGAGAACCCAGUCUAAUAUGGAAAUUGAGGAUUACAAUGGCCGCUCUUAUAUGUCUGCUGGAGAUUCAUCUCUGGAAAAGGAUUUCUCGGACGCAUUGAUUGGACCCACUGUGAGCACACCAAACAGCCGACACUCAUCCCCAAGUCGUUCACUAAGUGCAAAUUCCAUUAAAGUGGAAAUGUAUAGUGAUGAAGAAUCUGAUCGUCUUCUAAAUCACGAAGACCGCUUGAGUGAGAAGGAAGAUGGUGGUAUGCCCGAUGACUCGCUGGUCGAGCCGUUGGGGUAUUGCGAUGGUCCAGGACAAGACCCCCAUUCGCCAGGAGGCAUUCGCCUCCCCAAUGGCAAACUGAAGUGUGACAUAUGCGGCAUGGUCUGCAUUGGUCCUAAUGUACUGAUGGUGCACAAGAGGAGUCAUACAGCACUCAGCGAGGACUUUAUGUUUGAUGCUGUUUCAGGUGAGCGGCCUUUCCACUGUAACCAGUGUGGUGCCUCAUUCACCCAGAAGGGGAACCUCUUACGGCACAUUAAGCUGCACUCGGGUGAGAAGCCUUUCAAGUGCCCAUUCUGUAACUACGCUUGCCGUCGUCGAGAUGCUUUAACGGGGCACCUGCGCACCCACGCUGUCUCCUCCCCCACAGUCGGCAAGCCUUACAAGUGCAACUACUGCGGCCGCAGCUAUAAACAGCAGAACACACUGGAGGAACACAAGGAGCGAUGUCAUAACUACUUGCAGAGUCUCAGCAAUGAAGGCCAACACCUCUCUUCACAUACAGGUGAGGAGACACGAGACCUGGAUCUGGGACUAGAUGCCGUGAUGCAUCCCUCUGACCCGCCGUCUUUUAUGGACCGGCUGGCAAGCAGCCUUACAAAGCGCAAGCGUUCCACACCUCAGAAAUUUAUGGGGGAGAAACCAAUGCGACUUAGCCUGGCUGAUCUUCCUUAUGAAAUGAACUCCAGUUUUGAGAAGGAUAUCGAAAUGGUCCCACAUCAUCCUCUUGACCCCACUUACGGGAAUGCUUUAGCUUUUGUUGGAGGACCUAUGCGCUUACCUCCCACAAACUGCAUCUCAGAGAUCACCCCAGUUAUUAGUUCAGUUUACACCCAGCUCCAGCCUAUGUCAGGGAGGCCAGAGAUGCCUGGAAAUCGGGAAGCAGCAGAAGGCCAUGAAGACAUACAGGAUGGAACACAAAGUCAUUAUAGAGGAAGGACUGAGCAAGGAGCUUCUCCUACCAAUGGGUGCCAGGACUCUGCAACAGACACAGAAAGCAACCAUGAGGAGAGGGGCUCUCAGGCCACCAGUAGCAGGCAAAGUCCUGCCUAUGCCAAAGAGGACCAGAAACACCCUGAAUCAGGAGUGAUAAAUCCAUCGCGCUCUGGACCUGGCACAGCCAAAGAAACCCUGCGAGUACUGGGAGAGGAUGGCGAGCCUGUUAAGGUAUUCAAGUGCGAACACUGUCGGGUGCUCUUCUUAGAUCAUGUCAUGUUCACUAUACACAUGGGUUGUCAUGGCUUCAGAGACCCUUUUGAGUGCAAUAUAUGUGGCUAUCACAGCCAGGACCGGUACGAGUUCUCAUCGCACAUUGUGAGAGGGGAGCAUAAAGUUUAACAGCGGGGACAGGGGUGAUGUGAGGCAGCUGCUCUCACCCCUGCAAAAAAGAAAAGCAACGAGGCUCAAUUGCAGCGGGUGGUCAACUCCGUUUUUGACCAGGUGCCCUCAAAAUACAUUUCCCUUGAAAUGGUUUUUAUCUUUGAUUUUAUAAUCUGCGGACUAAUGAAACACGGACCCUGUAAGCACUUUUUAUUUUUGUUUUUCUUUGCAUCAUAUACUUUGGCACUACUGUGUGUUUUUUUUUUUUUUUAUUAUUAUACAAAGGAAAGUAUAUGUGAUUGCAUUAAGAUUGGUAUGCUGACCACGUGGUAGGUAUUGUGGUUUAAAACAUUAAAUGUGUAGAAUAAAGGCUAGUACAAAAGGUAGCAAGGCACUAGGUCCAAAGCAGUGUCAGAUUAUCGCAUCUAUCAGUUUCUUCAGCAUAAAAAAAAAGCAUAUCGUCUGUCGCAGCUAGUAGAUUACUUGUGUGAUGAAUUACUAAUUCUCGCCUUUGCCAAAGAACAUCUAGCUCCACCUUUCUCUUAUUUAGGUACCCUAGCCAGGUCCAUGGUCUCGCUUUUCUCCACUGCAAUUAAAAAGCACAGCUUGAUUUCCUGAACCACCCCAGCCUCCAAGGUAGACAAUUAAAAAGGUUAGUUCACCUUUUAAUGGUCCUUUAAAAAAAAAACAUUCCCAGCAUAUUUCAUACCACUCCUCUUCUGUUUAAUUAGUUGCUCCUGCCCCCUCCUGCACGUGGGCUGCAUGCAGCCUGCAUGAAAAAAAAAUCCUAGUAGCUGGUGAACUAACACUUUAAGGAACUGCACCACACUGGAUAACUUUCUGCUCAUUUUGUCUUUAUCCUCCUGUCAGCAAGAUCCCAAUAUUGGACUGUACAAAUCAGUCUUCAUCUGAGUCCUCCCUGACAAAGGAUUACAGAAAUAUAAUGUAAAGAUGAAAAUAAGGGUAUUUAUACUAGCUGUGUUUUUAAGAAUAUAUGUAAUGGUAUUUAAUGAAGACUUAAUUCAAUUUAAAAAGUAAUUGUUAAUAUAUGCUGGGAACUCUGAAGGUUUUAUAAGGUUUUAAGUGGCAUAGCAGGAAAAUAAUUACAUUAUAUGGCCUUAUAAAUAACAAACACAUCAGGAAUAAUCUUUGAGUUCCUUUUUGUGUUUUUAUUUUAAUAUUUUUAAGUGGAUCUGUAUGUUUAGAAUCCAAUACCUGUUGUUAGUUUGGUUUACAUAUCUGUAAAGUCUUGUUUGAUUUAUGCACUUAUAGCACCUUGCUACCCUUUGAGUUGUAGUUGUACUACAACACAACAUUGAAUGUCAUGCUGUUAUGGCUCUGCCACCAGUAUGUAACUUGCGGAGGGGUACAAUUUGACAAAUGUAUAAAAACUGAAAUGAAUGGCUUUUAUUUCUGGCCAGACAAAUUUCAACUGAGCUACCCCCCAACCCCCCCCCCUUUUUUUUUAUCUAGCUGUGGGCUUUACAUCAAUUUUUAUACUUUUAACAUGAUACAUUUUUUGGGGGGUUAGCAACAUUUAGCCCAAUAGAUCCAACACAUAUAUUGUACAUCUCUUGCUAGCCAUUAGAUGGUAGAAGAUGUAUAUCUGUAGAUAUGAUUGCCUUUCUUUGCUCAAAUUGUUUGUUCAUUUUGUAUGUUCUGGUCUCUUAAUUUCAAUGUCCAGUCGCCUCCUGACUGCCAGUAAGGACUAGUGUUGCUGCACUAUUUUUUAGACUAACUCUGGAUACUCACGGAAUAAGAGUAGCACCUUUUUUAAAAAGACUGUUUUGGUAGUUUGGGAAUAAUAGUUUACCCUUAAGCCUCAAUAUGGAAUAGAAUACUUCUGUCCAUUCUGAUGUGUUUACUCUUUGCACUGACAAAAAACUAUUUGAGAAUAGUUUCUAACUCGAUAAACAGAAAUCUGCUACCAAAUUUUUUAUUGAAUGAUACGCUUUUAUUAGUCUUGCUUACUUUUCCAGGUAUAUUUAUUUCCUUUCAUUUUGUCAGACAUAAUGAAAGGUGAGCAUUUGUCCCUGGGCAUCCCUUUUUUUAUUUUUUUCAUAUCGUGUGUAAAUAUGUUGGUCAUAAAGGUCCCUAUGUAUUGACAUGCGGUUACUAAAAACUAGAUGUUCUAUUCGGCCACCUAACAGUUUGAAUCUGAUUGGUGGUUGUGGAAAAGUAACACCUGUUCUUGGAACACAUUGAUAUAUAAGCCCCAUAGAGCUGAGUGUACCCAACAACCUUCUUUUUUGUGUUUUUAAUAAAAAUAAAUAUUUUUGUAAGUCGAUAAACAGUGUGAAGUAUUCUACAGCAACUUCUUCAAGCUUCUAUUUCACUGAUUGGCUUUCAUUAAAGUGAAAUCUGUUUGCUUUGGUAAUGCACUGUGUGUAAGACGGGUGUUCUUGUGCCGUCUUAUGGAAUCAGACCAAUAUUGCAUUUCAGAGAUGUAGUUAGAUCAGCAAAUUGUAUUUGUCAGCUCAAACUAUUUUAUUUUUUUGUUCUUAACAUGGUGCUUCUACUUUUUUUAUUUUCUUUAUAUCGGAAUUCAUUUUUUUUUUUUAUAUGAGUAUAUGCACUUUCAUCUAUGUGAAAAAAAUCCAAAUACACCUAAACGUUCUGAAUGUCUGCCCUGGCUAACAUACCAGCGACAUUCUAGCGAUCGUAACCAUCUCAGGCCCUCAUACCAUUUCAUCCUCCUCCAUUGUGCUGUUUGUGGUUAGGACAAUAAAGUUUUAAAUGGCACCAUGGACGAUUGCAUUGCCCACUGAAAGAAGAGAAAUGCACAAGGGCUGUUUCAUAACUCUCACUGUUAAAGUAACUGGUGGAAAGCAAGUACAAAAACAAAAGCUGCUAUUGCAUAGUGUGUUCCACUGGAGCCACCAAUGUUCCCAUUUCUAAAGGUUUGACUGAAAAACUAAAAAUGUUUAUAGGCCAAACUAAGCUCCCCGACCCCAUUUUGUUGGCCUGAUGAUUGGCACCAAUCACUGUAUUGUAGGAGACCGAUGCCUUGCUUUGUUCUAUAUAUCUAAAAGUAAUGGAUAUUUAAAAGGCUCUGUCUGCAGAUUCUAGCAGAGGAGGUGGUGGUGGUAAGAGCAUGCUUUUUUCCCUACAUGAUUCCAGUUCAAAGCUGUCAAGUCAGGGCUUGAAAUUCAGCAUAAUCAGCAAGGACCUGACACAUUUUUGAUAAACUUCUGUAGAAGGGACUUGCAACUGCUGAUCAGUUUAUUCUGACAGCGCUGGGUGCCACUGUCCGAAUAGACUGUCCUGGUAGGGCGGUGGAUGGAGGAGCGUUACUUCAUCCACUUUUGUUGUGAACUAAAACAGUGUGUGGCCAGCUUGAGCCAUAGAUUUGCAGGCACAUGCAGUUUAGUUCCCUUUUUGAUGUUUCUUCAGGCUAAAGAAGUGUACAAACAGGUGCUGGAUGGGGACAGGCACCUAACUCCCAUGAGGUAUCCCAUGAACAUAAGGGGGCAGCAUAAUAAAGGUCGUGACUUUGCAGCAUCAGUGAGGUCAGCAUCUAAUCCAUAUUAGCAGGCUAUAUAUAUUUUUUUUUUAAAGCGUUUGUGUGUUUUUUUUAGCACCAAAAUAUUUUCACAGCUUGCCUCCCAAAGGGAACCUAUGAAAUAAGUGAUGGAAGAAAAUGCUACAUGAAUAAUUGUAAAAUAUCCUCAUCAGUUCUGAUUCGCCAAAUGCAACCAGACAUGCUGCAGCUCAGUGGUCCUACAGAAGGCAGUGACAGUCAUGCAACAGCUUGUGCUGCAAUAUAAUAGUUGUGUGCUCUCAAAAGGUUUCCUUUUAUUAAAUAUAUUUUCUUUGACAGUUCAGAUCAAGUCGCAGCUCUUUGAUUUCAGUGGCACCUGUUCCAAGCAAUGUAACUUAAAGGCUCCUGUGCUACUUUGCUGCAACAUUUUUGCAGCUUGAAUGUCAGUGUGUAACGUCUCUUGAAAGUCUCGCUUUCUUGACUAGUGUGAACUGAGCAUUAAACUCCAGUCUUUUUUUGGAAGAUUUUCUCUCUCUCUCCUAUCCUGUUGACCGCUAAGUCAUUGUUGUAUAACCUAAACUUUUGAGGUGUAGAGCUACUUUUAGAGGAGGAUGGGGAAUUAUAUAUCCAGCAGCAGGGUCCUGGUGGUCACUGGGACAGGAACUGAGGAGCAAAAGCGAUACAAACCCAACUGAAAAAAAAUCGAUCCAGAGUUCGGUUUAUCAUUGAUGCCUCUAAAUAUGACCUUAAUUUAUUAGACUUAUUUUAUAUACAAUUUGCACUAGACUAUUUCAGAAAUGAGGCUUCUAGAAAAAAAAAAUACUUUAGGACUUUUAGUUAAAUCCAUAAUUUCAAAUAUAAAAAAAUAGCACUUGAUGAUCAGUAAACUGUGCUACAUUUUUUUUAAAUUGUGGCUUUAUGCUUCUAAAGAUUCACUAUAAUAAGUUUCAUCACCACAUAUAUCGAAAGGUGCAUAAAACAUUUUGUAUACUGAAUCGGAACUACCAGUAAGAACACCAAGGUAUAAGACACACGGGGGGGGGGGGGGGGGCUACUCAAUGAAGGGAUGUUUUUUGAAUAUUGAUACACUAGUGCAAUUAUAAUUUUCUGGGCCCCUCAAGCAGUAUUUUUGGUAAAAUACUAUACUUGCCUGAGAAUCUUCACUUCAUCACCACUCAUUAAAUGUUUCACAAUCCUGCAUCAUGUCAGAGCAAAUGAUUAACUAUAACACUACAGAAAUGUGUACAUAAAACACAGUGAACAAAAAGCACUAUAUAAUUUGUUAAAUCCAGGAAGUAUUUUAUAAAAAGUUUUCGCUAUUUUUAAUUAUGUGUUUUUUUUUUUUAUUUGUUUAAGUCUCCAGCAGCAAGUCAUUUUUAGGAAAUGGCGCAUAUAACCUAUCCCUCCAAAGUAAGGCUUUAGGCUUUCACCAGCUUGAUUUCCAGGCUUUAAACCAAAGGCUUUUUAAUAAACCUAAAGAUUUCACAUUCCGCACAUUUUAAUUAACUUAUUUGUAGGGGUAUUUUUUUUAAUAAAGAUUUCUAAACUAAAGUGUGAAGAGAAGCGGUACAAAAUGACCAUGAGGUUGGUUUACUAAAGGCAAAUAGACUACUUGGCUCUGGUGCAACUGCACUUGCAUAGUAAAUGAGGUAAAGCUGCACUUUUACAAAGAAUACUCAUGCAAGGGGAAAAAAACCUGCAUGUGUGAUUGAUUGAUGGAAGUCAGCAGAGCUUCCCUUCACUCACUAAGCUCUGGAGCACUGCCACUGCACUUGUAAAGUGCUUAGUCUAUUCACCGUUAGUAAAUCAAUCCCCAUGUUCUAGUUGACAGAUUUACUAGCAGAUUGCAGCUUGAUGGCUUUUCUUACCACUAGUCUGAAGUAGGACUGUGCCAAUAUAAAACGCUCUCCUCCAUGUUUGUCUUUUAAUUAAAAAAAAAAAAGUGACCUUUUUAAGACACCCCCCCAGACUGCAUCUUUAAGCUCUUCUCUCAUGUAGCUAAAACUUUCGAAAAAUGUGCUUGUAAAAAAGAAAGCGAAUAAUUUUGCCGUUGCCAAACACUGCUCUUCUGAAGAUAAUUCUCUGGCUAAAGUUUUUUUUAUUUUUAUUUUGAAACCAACAUAUCCAAGGAUGUUGGUUUCCUUGGUCCUUGGCUGUCCCUGCUGGUACCUCCUGCCAUUCCACACAUCUGUACAGGGGACAGUAGUGAAAUAAAGUUCCGUGGGUAGAACCACUUGCAGGAGACACAGCGGAUCAACAUUCCUGGAAGUGUCAGUCUCGGAAGAAACUUUGGCUGGGAUUACUCUCCAGCAAUGGUGCAGGCAGCAGAAGAGGUAUGUAUUUAACGGUUGGGUUGCUUUAAGGAUUACGAUAAAAUGUCACGUUUUAAAAAAAAACUGAUUUGAAGCCUCAUUUACUAGGGACCCUAAUUGGCUAUUAGCGUUGUUUGUUAAAUAUCCCCUCUGUUCACUCCCUCACUAUAAUGUAGACCCCCUGCAGCUGCUUCUCUUUACUGCCUUGCUGAUGCUGGCUAUUCCCUGAAACUCAACCAAUGCCAGCUUUUCCACUAUAGGGAAAAGCUGGCAUUGGUUGAGUUUCAGGGAAUAGGUAUGAGAAUCAAGUAGUGUAUGCUUAUGUAAUGAGCACUCAUAAGUGACAAAAUCUGGAGCUUGACCACAGACUUCUUCUGGCAUUGUACUAAAUUACUAUGUAAAAAAAA